CCCUUAAAAUAAAGCGUCCCAGUUUCAACCUCAGAAGCAGCAAUCAAUUAAAAAAUCCACUUUCGAAUAAAAACUAGUUCUAAAAGGCAUUUCUAAUACCAUCUGGUUGCCUAAAUUCCAUCUACCACAACUUGUGGAGCCCUUCAACUGGUCGCUCAUGCUGCCCUUUUACUGCUCAAAACCCACGCGGAAUCUCCGAUACCUUUACACUAAUGAGCAGAAAAGGAAGGAUCCGUGCUAUUUGAAAUAGAUUUUUGACGAGGGUUACAGACAAUUAUCUCGGAAUUUCCUGAACAUAAGCUAGAUCUCUGUGUCCCACAGUACUUGCACAACAAAUGGCGGCUGCCGCUGCGGCUAUUCUGAAGCUUCAUAUUUCAAAAGGAACCGAUUUGGCUGUUCGGGAUAUGUGGACCAGUGAUCCUUAUGUUGUGGUCAGACUUGGCCACCAGAAAGUGAAGACUCGGGUAGUGAAAAACAACCUGAAUCCAGUCUGGGAUGAGGAUUUGACACUGUUUGUACCACAUUCUGAACCCCUUGUACUCAAACUGGAAGUAUUUGACAAGGAUAGGAUGAGCAAAGAUGACCAGAUGGGUAAUGGUGAAGUGGAUCUUGGGGAUCUUGCAAGUGCUGCAAGGAUGCUUAAGACAAGCCCAGCACAAUCUUUGGCAAUGAAGAAUAAGGAGGGUUCUCCUUGUAUUAAGUGUGUGGAUGGACAUAUGGUACAGCAAGUGUUUUUGGGGCUUCAGAAUGUGGAGUCUGGUCAACUGGAACUGCACAUCAAAUGGGUUGAUUUUACUCAUUAAUUGCCUGUUGUGUUUUCCUAGGAAACUAGACUUCUUUUCUAGCUGACUAUUUAUCAUAGAGAACAAAGAGGUCUAGGAUUGCAGCCUGAUAAAUGCAUCCUGUGUUUUUAAAUACACAAAUUCAGGCUGAAUAUAGUGGUCUGACAAGUAAAUCCAAAAGGUAUAUUAAGAUAACAUAUUUUCUCCUUAUUUUAA